AAAAUUGGGUAGGGUAACAUUGUCCCUAUCAUGUGACCAUCCACCCCCUCCCUCCUGUACAGGCGGGAAAUCCUUUUUUCAAGUGACAGCAGGCAGUGUGUGUGUGCGUGCAGACAUUAAACUGGGAAUAUGCCGGCAGAAACCGAGCUGUCCGUUUGUGGCCCCCAGGAAAAGGUGGCCAGGGAUGCGGAGGUCCAGGAAGCCCCCCAUGAUGAAUUGCAGUAUCUGGGACAGAUCAGGCACAUCCUGGAGCGCGGGCACCGCAAGGAGGACCGGACCGGGACCGGCACCAUCUCGGUGUUCGGCAUGCAAGCCCGGUACAGCUUGCGAGACCAGUUCCCUUUGUUGACAACAAAACGUGUGUUUUGGAAAGGAGUGUUGGAAGAACUUUUGUGGUUCAUUAAGGGCUCUACAAAUGCAAAAGAGCUUUCUGCAAAAGGCGUGAAAAUAUGGGAUGCAAAUGGAUCCCGGGAAUUUUUGGACAAACAAGGAUUUACAUCCAGGGAAGAAGGAGAUCUUGGGCCUGUGUAUGGUUUUCAGUGGAGACACUUUGGUGCAGAGUACAAAGAUAUUUAUACAGAUUACACAAAUCAAGGUGUUGACCAGCUGCAGAAGGUAGUUGAUGCCAUCAAAAACAAUCCUGAUGAUAGGAGGAUCAUUAUGUGCAGCUGGAACCCCAAAGAUAUUCCUCAAAUGGCUCUGCCUCCAUGCCAUGCCCUUUGCCAGUUCUAUGUAAUAAAUAAUGAGUUAUCAUGCCAGCUGUAUCAACGUUCAGGAGACAUGGGCUUGGGAGUGCCAUUCAACAUUGCCAGUUAUGCUUUAUUGACUUACAUGAUCGCACACGUUACUGGAUUAAAGCCUGGUGAUUUUAUACACACCUUGGGAGAUGCUCAUAUUUACCUUAAUCAUGUUGAACCAUUAAAAAUUCAGCUUCAAAGGAAGCCCAAGCCGUUCCCUAAAUUAAAAAUCCUCCGUACAGUGGAAAGCCUGGAUGAAUUUAAGGCAGAGGAUUUUCUGAUUGAAAACUAUGACCCUCAUCCUACCAUAAAAAUGGAAAUGGCUGUAUGAAAAUAUUCUAAUGUCUUAUGGAAAACACAUGCUUUCAAAAUAUUUAAUACAUAUUUUAGUUAAUUUCAACUCUUCAUCUACCAUGAAAAAUAUCUGGUGGCUUUAUUUAUUCAGUAAAAUAGUAUACUAAACUUCUGGUGAA